CGGCCACGUGCGACGGGACUGCUGCGCGGGACUACUGCUGGUGCUUGUAACGAGCGGGCGGGCGGGUGAGCGGGCGAGUGAACGAGCGAGCGGGCGAGCGAGUGGGCAGUCGGUGGGCAGGGGCGGUGGUGGUGGUGGUGGUGUGGCAGACCCUACCGGGGCCACGGUGCGGGCAAGGCAUCUCAGCACGGCCGUGCGCUCCCUGGAUCACAGGGAACACACGACAACUCAUCACGUGACGUGUCGCGGCACGUGAAGCAUCCGUGGCAUCACGUCGCAGUGCCGGUCACUGCGCUUGACGCCGCAGCACGCGGCGCUCCAGGUUGGAAUCGCGCACAGCGGACCUCCAGCGACUCCGAGAGCGGGCCUCAAGCCUCCGGGAACAGAACGAGAUGCUGCAGACAGGGGCCCAGCAGACGAGGCUCGACAGCCAGGAGUACGCGUCGUUCAUGUGGAGACGAGGUGAGAAGAGGAGGGACCUCAUCGUGUCCCUCGCCGAGCAGAACCGCUGGCAGCUGCAGGAGCUGGCUCGGCGCGGGGAGGAGGCCCGGGCGUGCCUGCGAGCGCGCAGAGAAGAGUUGACCGCGGUGUUGCUGGAGAAGGAGGCAGAGCUGGCCCAGGUGACGCGUGAGAUGGAGAAGCUGAACGAUGUGCAGGCCCAGCGCCAGCGGGAGGAGGCGGCGGGGCGGGCGCUGGAGGAGGCCCUGCGGCGGGAGCUGAGCGAGCGCCAGCGGCGCGCGGCCGCCCACGCGGAGCGGCGGGAGCGGGGCGCCGAGCAGCACGCGGAGCAGGCCGCCUCGCGCGCCGCCAGCCUGGGGCGGCAGGCCCACGCGGCCGCGCGACGCUGUGCGGAAGAGCUGGCCGCGCGCGCGCGCCAGGAGAACGAGCGGAUGCGUGCCGAGCUACGGGCCCUCGGACAGGAGGCGCGGGCCCUCGGGGCCCAGGAGAGGGCCCUCAGGGCUCGCAGGGACGCGCUGCGCGCCGAGGCCUCCCUGCCCCGGGGGCACCCCCGGGCCUCUCCCCGCUCCCCCCUCCGUCUCCCUCCACGCUGACGCCGUGACUGUGGCGGCCGGGGGCGAGGGCGAUCGCCGCGCUUGCCGCAACGCGGUUACCGCCUUUAUCCCCCUCCGAGGGAUGAUGGGCCGCCGGCGUUCUGCCUGGCGAGGGCGGGCGGUCUGACCGCACGGUCCCCGGCCGGAAAAUCGCACGAGGAAUGUAACGGCGACCAGUGGCCUAGUGGAGUGGUCGGCACGGAGCCUGGUUAAGGAUGUGGAUCACUGCUCUUCGGUUCUUUCGGUGAAGUCACGGAGGACGUUUCGAUCGCGACGCAAGCGGCCGUCACCAGGCGAGACGAUCGCAGCGGGGGAACUGCUGAAGCAGGCGAGAGAGCUGCCGUGACAAGA